AUGUCAGCAAGUAAAUCUGAAGUUAAAAAUCAUUUGACAACAAACAAUGUCGAACAUCUUACAUCACCAUUAAUAUUUACUGAUGAAAGUGUUCAUUCAACAGAUUCUGAUAUUACUAAUGAUGCAUCAAUUAAUGCGAAAGAAACUCAUCAAAAUUCAUUAUCAAACCCUGAAGUUGAUGAAUUAGCUGAUCAAUUAGGUGCAUUAGAUUGUAGUAAGCAUCUUUUAGAUCAACAAGAAUCAAAUUCGAAACACAUUCAACACGAUAAUUAUGCACAAAUUCCUCAUGAACAAGAUACAACGAUGGAACAUACAAAAUCACCUACACUAUCUUCAUCAGACUCUGCUACUAAUAAUGAAAAUCAUUCUUCUGAAAACUCACCACUGAUUAGUACUCAUGAAUAUCCACCUCAUAUUAUUACAAUCGUUGAACAACAAGAAUCAUUACCACAAAAUUCUCCAUAUGAAACUAUUGAAAAUCAGUCUUUCUAUAAAUUGCCUUCUGGUGAAUCUGUUUCAGUCGAAGGAAUUAAACAAUUACUACAAGAACUAACAGCAGAAAAUACGGUUUAUGCAUAUGAUGUUCCUCGUACUAUAACUAUUAUUAAAGAUCCAUAUGUGCAUGAUACUCAUAGUGAUUCAAAUAUAGCAUCAAAUGAACAUGUUAUAGGCACAGAACCAAUUUUCACUAUGGAAAAUGGCCAUGUACAAACGACUCCCAUGGAACCAACACAUUUUUCAUCAAUAAAAAAUCAUUAUUAUGAUUCCCAAGUUAUCGACUCGAAUGUUGAUAGUGAACCACCAAUAACUUACGAGAUAAAUGAUGAAUUAAAUGAAUCUCAAUUGAUAAUGGAUGAAAAUGGUGAAUACAUAGAAAUGCAUGCAGGACAAACCAUCGUACCUGAUGAAUAUUAUCCGAAUAUAAGUGACAUUUACGAAUCCAAUGUUUUACAUGAAGAAUAUAGUUAUAAUUAG